AUGCUAAUACCAAUCUUUUUGACAGGCACCUUCUUCGGACAGCGCCCGUUGGCCGCCGGCAUGCCACACGCGACCAAUGCCUCUCUACGAUCAGCAUCCACAAAGGCCAAAGCCCAGCCUCAAAAGCGAUCCGACUUUUUCAUGAUUGCACAGGCGCGUCAGCGUAAGGCUGCCAAUCUCUCUCGCCAAAAAGUCCUCCAGACCGAGCGGGAAGCCUCGCUCGGCGACCCGGUCCAGAGCAAGCCUACAACAUUUAUUCAAGAGAUCGAGGCGAUUCAAAAUGGCUCACAGGUUCCAUCUGCAAGCUCAGGUCUGAACUAUUACUUGAAGCCGGACGAGCUCAGCAGCGCAUUGCAAUUCUCGAAGGACCUGACGGAACCGCUUCAAAACCAGGAUCGUGACACCGCCGAUCCCCAGUUGGAGAAGGUAGCCGGAGAGCUGCAUCAGAAGGAGCACCAGAUUGCAGAGGAUGCAAUUCAGCGCAUUGUCAACCUCAGCAAUGGCAAUACGAAAGAUCGCCUGCGGCUGAAUGUGCAGAGGUGUAUUGAGCAAUUUGGGCGACACAAUACCGACUCUAUCCUCCCACCAAAGCCAUCUAGCGCACCACAAGGAUCUGUGUCUGCUCACCAGGAGAAAGUUCCCCGUAUUGGAGUGGAUACUGGCUCCCCCGAGGUGCAGGCCGCCAUCCUUACUGUCAAGAUUAUGAACUUGUCCCGGCAUCUACAGACCGCCAACAAGGAUAAGCACAACAAACGCAACCUCCAGGUUCUUGUUCACAAGCGACAGAAGCUUCUUCAGUACAUCCGGCAGAAGGAACGAGGCGGCCCUCGGUGGCAGAACUUGAUGGAGACACUUGGGUUGUCUGAUGCUGCAUGGAAAGGCGAGAUUGCUCUUUAG